AUGGGCUUCGACUACGCGCUCGUUCAUCUCAAGUACACGAUCCCCCCGGCCGUGGGGCUCACCUGGCUCUAUCGCCCUUUCUUCACCAAACUUGACUUGUACAAGGUCGUCUACCUGAUAUUGGUUGCUGUUCUGUCGACUAUACCAUGGGACUCGUAUCUUAUUCGCACCGGCAUAUGGAGUUACCCCGCUCAUGUCAUUAUUGGACCCAAACUGCUGGACAUUCCUUUGGAGGAGGUCUUCUUCUUCGUUGUGCAGACAUACAACACAUCGGUUCUGUAUCUUCUCCUUAGCAGGCCCACCUUUCAACCCGUCUACCUCAGCCCUGAACGCGGCGCAUCCCGCCGUCGAUGGAGAUUCACCAAGUUUGCUGGUCAGAUCUUCUUUUCGGGUGUAAUUCUAUGGGGAUGGCGCUGUAUUCAGGAUGACAGCAAAGGUACCUACACUGGCCUUAUCUUGAUAUGGGCCGGCCCGUUCCUGCUGAUGCUCUGGACUCUUGCAUACCAGUUCAUUCUGGCGCUUCCUCUGACCAAUACCGCGCUACCCAUCAUCCUUCCAACGCUCUAUCUCUGGAUCGUCGACACUUUAGCCUUGCGCAGAGGAACAUGGGUAAUCAACACUGGUACAAAAUAUGGCGUGCACUUGUGGGAUGGUCUCGAGGUUGAGGAAGCCCUCUUCUUCUUGGUCACCAACUCGCUUAUAGUGUUUGGUCAAUUGGCGUUUGACAAUGCUCUUGCAGUGCUGUACACUUUCCCGACGUUAUUCGCGAAGCCCUCCCUGCUCCCAUCACCCGCAGUCUUAAUGCGCGCUUUGCUCACCCCAUGCUCCAAGUACGAUAACGCGCGCCUUGUAGGUCUUACCGAGGCCGUGCAUCGUCUCAAGCGCAAGAGCCGUAGUUUCUACCUGGCCUCCGCGACCUUCCCUGGACCUUUACGGGCGGACCUGUUGCUACUCUACUCCUUUUGCCGCGUUGCUGAUGACCUGGUGGACAACGCUUCCUCUGCCGAUGAAGCUAAGGACUGGAUAUUGAAACUGCGCAAGUUCCUAGAUAAUGCUUACAGCGAUUCUGCGUCCAAGCCUGCAGUAGAAGCUCAAGUCCGGAAAGACUUUCCGGUCGACACACAAUCUGCACUCCUACAGCUUCCAGCCGCUAAACUCUCGCACCAACCAUUGGAGGAUCUUUUACGCGGGUUCGAGAUGGAUCUUGCUUUCGACAAGGAGCCUAUGAUUAAAACCACGGAGGAUUUGCGCGUGUACUCGGAGCGUGUGGCGGGCACUGUGGCUCAGAUGUGCAUUGAACUCAUCUUCAACUGGUAUCCUAGCGCUUUACCUGCUGCAGAGCAACGUACUAUAGUAGCUGCUGGUAACACCAUGGGCGUGGCCUUGCAGUACGUCAAUAUUGCGCGAGAUAUAGAAGUAGACGCUCAGAUUGGUCGUGUUUAUCUUCCCUUGAAAUGGCUUUCUGAAGUGGGAUUGAGUUACGACGAGGUGUUGAAGAAACCGGACCACGCGCAAAUCGAGAGCCUGCGUAAGCGUCUUCUGAAGGACGCAUUCUCUCUGUAUGAGAAAGCCAAAGAUGCAAUCGAGCGUUUGCCAGUUGAGGCGAGAGGCCCCAUUCGGGUCGCGGUGGAGAGUUAUAUGGAAAUUGGAAGGGUUUUAGGUCAGGACAAGUUCAAAGUCAAAGCUGGACGCGCUACUGUGCCCAAGUCGAGGAGGAUAAUGGUUGCUUGGAAAACACUUAAUCGUUAA